CCUUGCCUUAGACGUUGGUAUGUCGGAAGGACGGACGAAGUUUGUAUAUAUACGAACCGAGGCGGAUCGGUCACUUGCGGGAAAGGAGAAUCCAUCUGCUGGCGAGUCUGGAGGUAGCCGCCGCAUUGUAUUAUCGUUGUUUCCUUUUCUAUUGUCGCGUUGUCGUUAUCAUUAUUAUUAUUAUCACUAUUAUUAUGUUAUCGAGCCCUAUGCGUGACUUCUCAAGAUUACGAUAAUGACGCGAAUCCACAAUGACGGCGCAUGCUUGAUAUCGACUUUGUAGCAGCAACAGCCUCGUGAAACGCAGUCACAGCCGCAGCAGCAACAGCAACAGAGAAUGGGGAUAGAUGGGAUGGGGAACAGAGACAGUCCUGAUGUGUACCGUUGUUUGGUCAGGAAAGCGGCGCAUUCCCGAAUAGAGAAUCGAGAAAAAUGACCAGGGCGAGGGAAGGGGGUUGGUACGUCGAGGAGGGUGAAUUUUUGGUGCAAAUAGACGACGACGGUGGUGCAGGUAUCCUUUUCGUAAACAAACCGUGCCACCCCAGUUUUAUCUGUUCAACAAUCUCUUAAGCAUAACAAUCCAUUAAGAAUAACAAUCCGUUAACAGUUCGUGAUCUGUCGACAAUAAUAAUCCGCUAACAAUAAACGAUCUAUUAACAACAACAAUGUAGUAAACUGUAACGAUCGAGCAACUAUAACAAUCCACUAGCAAUAACGAUCUAUUAGCGAUAACGACUGACAAGCGGCCCGCAAUUUGUUUACCGCGAGAUUAAGACGUACAGUCGGAGCUCUCGUUUAAAAAAUGGAUCAAAUAAAAUUCGAAUGCUGCGUGAGAUAAAUUGCUGGCCUCCCCGGGGGAACGAGGAGCAAAGUGGUUGAUGGUGCGGCGUGCGCGUCGAAUCGCGUGUGAUCGGUGCAACGGUGCGGUGCAACGUAGAGACAAUGCACCACCUGUCAGCCCCCUCCCGUUCCUCGUGAGUAGUAAACAAAAUCGAGGGUUGCCCGAGGGUGAGGAAGGCGGAAGUGGAGGGGGAAGGAACACCGGAGGUGGCGCGAGUCUGCGAGGUGUCCGUGGCACUCGUCAGUAGCACCGCGGUCACAGAUCCUUUCGGAGCUGAGAACCAGAUCUUCCGCGGCACUCCGCCUUGGCCCAUACACCCAGAGCAACGCGUGACGUACCCGUUCCGAGAGCCCGAAGAGAGGACCGAAUCUGUUCGGAAAAUCAGCCGGAUCCAUCUCGUGCCGAGCGACCGAAAAAUCGGGCGAGCUGUCAUCGAUGACAGAGGACAAGUAGUGACCGAUGACCGUCAGUCGACUACUCGUUCGCGUGUGAGAGACCGCCGUUCCCCAUUGAUCCGUGUGCAUCAGGACCGUCUUGAUCGCGAGCAGCCGCGAUGUCAACGUUACAACGGUCGUUGACACAGCUCCCGGGUUGAGAAUCGGACGUUUCGCCGUCGCUCCAGUUCAGGUAGAAGACCCUGGGGCCGUGAGGAUGAAGCAGGAGGGCAACAACGGAUACAUCAGGGCCACCGUCAUCAACGAGCAGACCGGUGCCCUACCUGGACCAAGCUUCGAGACACCUGCCGCUAAUGCCAUUCAGGUGACCUACGUGCCCCAUGGCAACACCACCACGGUGACGGACCUCCAUCAUUCUGGUAACGACCGAAGGCCGAUAGCGAGGGCCGCGUCGAUCACGCGGCGAUGGAGAGAGCCGGUGAACAGGCGGCAAUUGCUGCUCGUGCUGACCAUCACGCUCUUAACCACUUCCAUCUUCAUUGUGCUGCUGCGGGCGGCGCUGUACACGAGCCACGAGUGCGCUCAGGAGGCCCGUCCGGACGUCUGCAUGACGGAGGAGUGCGUCAGAACAGCGGCGAGUCUGUUGUCAGCGAUGGACCGGACCGCAGCGCCUUGCGUGAACUUCUUCCAGUACGCGUGCGGCGCGUGGAACCAGCAGCACGUGAUACCGGAAGAUAUGAGCUCGAUCAGCACGUUCGAAGUGCUGGCGGACCAGCUGCAAGUGAGUCUGAAGCGGGUGCUCGAAGAGCCGCCGAACGACAACGACAACGACGCCACCCUGAAGGCGAAGAGGUUCUACAAAUCGUGCAUGGACAUCCCUCGGAUCAGGGAGAUCGGCGACGCCCCAUUGAAGAGGAUCCUGAGACUGCUCGGCGGAUGGCCGGCGGUGGACGGCCCGUCCUGGAAACCGCCGCCGUACCCGAUCGAGGUCCUGUUGGGUCGAUUGCGGGCCGAGUACAACGAGGGUGUGCUGUUGGAGCAAUGGGUCGGCCCGGACGACAUGAACUCCUCUGCCAACAUCAUCCAGCUGGACCAGAUGCAGCUCGCGCUGCCCAGCAGGGACUAUUAUCUGAACAAGAGCAGCGAGGCUGCGUUGAAGGCGUACCACCGGUACAUGACCAGCGUUGCCGUGCUGCUAGGAGCGGACCCCAAAGCCGCGCCCAUUGAGUUCGAGAGAGUUAUCUUCUUGGAGCAACAGUUGGCCAAUGUGUCUCUGCCAGAGGCAGACAGACACGACACGUCCUCGAUCUACCGGAAAGUGACGUUGCGCGAGUUGCAGCUAGAAAUACCGCAGCUGAAAUGGCAGGUCUACCUGCAGGAGUUGCUGAACGCUCCUGUGACCGAGCAAGAGCCGAUCGUUGCGUACGGUAUGAACUAUUUCGGGCACCUGGGUCGCAUCGUCGCGAAGACAAAUCGCAGGACGCUGCACAAUUACAUACUCUGGCGACUGGUGAUGUCGAUAAUCCCCCACAUGAUAGACGACUAUCAGCAGAAGAGCGUCGAGUUCAAGAGGAUCCUGUUGGGAAUACUGAGCGAGAGGAACAGGUGGGCCCAGUGCGUCGAGUGGACCAACAAGAAGCUGGGUAUGGCCGUGGGCGCGCUGUUCAUACGCGACAACUUCGAUCACGAGAGCAAGGAAACUGCGCUGGAGAUGAUCCAUACCAUACGCGAGGCGUUCAACGAGCUGCUGGCAGAGAAUCACUGGAUGGACGAUGAAACCAGGGCCGUGGCCAAGAACAAAGCCGACUCCAUGAUCGAGAGGAUUGGGUAUCCAGAGUUUCUGAAGAACCCUGUCGAACUUUCCGAAGAGUAUUUAAUGCUGAACAUCUCCGAGCACCAUUUCCUGGAGAACGUCCUGGCGGUGCUGAAGUACGCGGCUUAUCAUAAUCUGCGGGAGCUGAGGAAGCCUGUCGACAAGAACAAGUGGUCCACCAGCCCCACCAUCGUCAACGCGUUCUAUAAUCCUAACAAAAAUGACAUCGUUUUCCCGGCAGGGAUACUCCAGCCCCUCUUCUACUCCCAACACUUUCCCAAGUCGCUGAACUACGGUGGCAUCGGCGUGGUGAUCGGCCACGAGAUCACCCACGGUUUCGACGACAAAGGGCGCCAGUUCGACAAAGACGGGAACAUAAUGCAAUGGUGGAACAAUGCGACCAUCGGGGCCUUUCGGAGGCGGGCCGAGUGCAUCGUGAAACAGUACUCCAACUACAAACUGCAGGACAUAGGUUUGAACAUCAACGGCAGGAUGACGCAAGGCGAGAACAUCGCGGACAACGGGGGCCUCAAGCAAUCGUUCAGGGCGUACAAGAAGUGGGUGUCGAUACAUGGGGAGGAACCUCUGCUCCCUGGUAUCAAUCUCACGCACGACCAACUAUUCUUCCUAAAUUAUGCCCAAAUUUGGUGCGGCUCCAUGAGGCCGGAGGAUGCUCUGACAAAAAUCCGGAGCAGCGUUCACUCUCCGGGCCCUAUAAGGGUCCUGGGGCCUCUUUCCAACAGCGAAGACUUUGCCAGGGCCUACAACUGUCCUCCGGGCUCUCCUAUGAACCCAACGCACAAGUGCAGUGUUUGGUAAAAGCUGGAGCCUCUGAAGGAAGAAACGUAAGGCGCAACAAUUUUCUUACUGUGGCUCGUUAAACCAGGAGACUCCAGGUGGAAUCAUCAUCAUCAGCAGACGUAUUUGUCAGCCACGCUGGGACCACAGGAAACAAAAGUUUACAUCGUCGUGGUACACCGUGGUGGAAGUCUCGUUUCCGAUCAGAAAUUUCGGACCCGAAAGGGGGUUGUUGUAUUAGUGUGAGUGUACAUUUCGAAUGCGUGUUUUAAUAUUACAGUGUCAGCCUAAAGAUCCUAUGGACGAGAGCAACGUAUGUAUGUAUAUAGGAGUUGUUUCACGGUUCGGUACAAAAUCGAAAAUAAUAGAUUUAGAAAACGUGUUUCAGAAAUGUUUGCUUCAUCAAUUAAACGUUUAUUUAACGAAUAAAAAGUUUAAUAUAAA